GGCAGCGGCGCACGGGCGUCGGGUGACGCUAGUAGACGGAUCAUCACGUGACACGGAAGUGACUCCGAACAGGAAGAGGACGGAAAAAUAACCGUCCGCGACGCCGAUCCGAACCGGACCCGCAGCCACCAUGAACAGCAAAGGUCAAUAUCCGACACAGCCAACCUACCCUGUGCAGCCUCCUGGGAAUCCAGUGUACCCUCAGACCUUGCAUCUUCCUCAGGCACCACCCUAUACUGACGCUCCACCUGCUUACUCAGAGCUCUACCGUCCAAGUUUUAUGCACCCAGGGGCUGCCACAGUCCCUGCUAUGUCAGCUGCAUUUCCUGGUGCCUCGCUGUAUCUUCCCAUGGCCCAGUCUGUGGCUGUUGGACCUUUAGGUUCCACAAUCCCUAUGGCCUAUUAUCCAGUUGGUCCCUUCUAUCCACCUGCCUCCACCCCCUGGAUGCCCUCCCAAUGCUGCUCAGCUUGCAGUCAUGCAGGGAGCCAACGUCCUCGUAACUCAGCGGAAGGGAAACUUCUUCAUGGGUGGCUCAGAUGGUGGUUACACCAUCUGGUGAGGAACCAAGGCCACCUCUGUGCCGGGAAAGACAUCACAUACCUUCAGCACUUCUCACAUUGUAACUGCUUUAGUCAUAUUAACCUGAAGUUGCAGUUUAGACACAUGUUGUUGGGGUGUCUUUCUGGUGCCCAAACUUUCAGGCACUUUUCAGACUUAAUAAGGAACCAUGUAAUGGUAGCAGUACCUCCCUAAAACAUUUGAGGUAGGGGAGGUAUCCAUUCAUAAAAUGAAUGUGGGUGAAGCAACCCUAAGAAUCUUCCUUUAAUUCCUCUGGAGUAAUACUGUACCAUACUGGUCUUUGCUUUUAGUAAUAAAACAUCAAAUUAGGUUUGGAGGGAACUUUGAUCUUCCUAAGAAUUAAAGUUGCCAAAUUAUUCUGAUUGGUCUUUAAUCUCCUUCAAGUCUUUGAUUUAUAUUACUUGUUAUAAAUGAAACGCAUUAGUUGUCUGCCUUUUCCUUUCCGUCCUUUGCCCCACGCCCCACCCCUAACCCCAGUCUUCCAUUCCCUCUUGCCAGUCUACAUUGAAUCAAUGGUGCAGGACAGAAAGCCAGUUAGACUAAUUUCCUUCUCUCCUUGCACUUCUCCCCAGUUGUCAUCUUUUAACUAGUCAUUCACAAGGAUCCUCUGAAACGCCUCUGUGCUCCAAGCACAGACCCCAUGACUUCUGCUUCUGCAUCUCCUCAGGCAAAAGUGGAGGGUGCCUUUUGGACCCUUCUCAUUGGUUGCCUCUGCAUACAAGAACAUAAUCCAAAUUUGUUUGCUUCGGUGCCAGAAAAACUGAGCUCAUGUCAGUGCAAACUGUAUUGUAAACAACAGUUUGUUUAAAUUAUGAGUGGCAAGGAGGAGAAUGCAUUUCAAAAGCCUGUUGACUUGAGAGCCAAAUUAAGUGGAGUUUUCACAUCAAAAAUUGGUUACCAUUUAUUGUCAGUGUCUGAUGCAGCCAACUCAUGGCUCCUAGGACUUCUAAGCUUGGUCAAUGGGGUCAUAUUGUGAAUGCCUCACUACAAAAUGACUUGAGUCCAGUGAAGUCUCAUUUAGGGUUAAGAAUAUUUCAGGGAUCCUUAAUAUUUUGAUUUUUGUUUUCUUAAAUUGGAUUUUAUUUUAUUUUAUCUUAUAAUUUCAGUUAAUCUAAAUUUGUGUUCUGUACAUGUGAUGUUUGACUGUACCAUUGACUGUUAUGGAAGUUCAGCGUUGUAUGUCUCUCUCUACACUGUGGUGCACUUAACUUGUGGAUUUUUUUAUACUAAAAAUGUAGAAUAAAGACUAUUUUGAAGAUUUGAAUAAAGUGAUGAAGUUGCAUUACACCUCA